UUAGCUCUGGUGAAGGAGGAGCAGUUCAACACUAAACACACCCCUGUGCGUCUCUCAACAAAUCCACUCGGCUUUGGAGUUUAUAAACGCGACUAAAGCAAUCAGAGUGUGGUCGUUGGCUGCAGGAUUAAUUCCCGGAGGGGGAUGGUUUAAACACCUGGAUUAUACCUUCCAUUUUCUACUGGUGGUUGGGGAAAUAUUUGGAAGGACAGGUGAAUUGCUGUGACGACUUUUUGUCUCAAGGAAGAAGCAUUUUACUUGGACCAUUUGAGGAAUACCGGAGGAAAAUUAAACCCAGUUCCCACUAAGCGUGUGAAGCCUUGAAUAACAAGAGGAUGGCAGCUUUGCGCAUCUUUGGCUUGAUGUUUCUGUUAAUGAUUUUCCAGCAGAGGGUAUCCGGCUCUGGCGUCUUCCAACUGGAGCUGCACGAGUUUGCGAAUAGCCAGGGGGCCCUGGCUAGCGGAAAACCCUGUUCGCCCCACUGUAGGACCUUCUUUCGUGUGUGUCUGAAGCAUUUUCAGACAGUGGUCUCUCCGGGUUCCUGCACUUUCGGCAGCGUCGUCACCCCAGUCCUGGGAGUAAACUCCUUCAGCAUCAAAGAAACAGAGAGAUUUGGCAGCCCCAUUAAGUUGCCCUUUAACUUCACGUGGCCGGGGACUUUCUCACUGAUCAUUGAAGCCUGGCAUGCUCCUGCAAAUUACCUUCCAGAAGGCUCCCAGGCCCUGGCUGAAGAGUGGCGGAUCAGCAACGUGACGAUCCAGGGGCCGCUGGCAGUGGGCGAGAACUGGUCCCAGGACUUGAAGAGCAGCUCGCAGACCCAGCUGCGCUUUUCCUACCGGGUGAUCUGCAGCGAGCACUACUACGGGGACAGCUGCUCCCGCCUCUGCAAGCGCCGCGACGACUCCUUCGGCCACUACGGGGAUGCAGGUGCCCAUGUUUUGCAAACAGAAAAAGAACUCCCCUAUUCACAUCAAAUGCUGGCUUUCUCUGCCAUCUGUCUGCCUGGCUGUUCUGAGCGAAAUGGAUCUUGCAAUAAGCCAGGAGAGUGCAUCUGUCGCCCUGGUUGGCAAGGCCGCUAUUGUGAUGAGUGCAUUCCUCAUAUAGGCUGCCGCCAUGGGACUUGUAAAACGCAAUGGCAGUGUAUAUGCGAUGAAGGCUGGGGUGGCCUCUUCUGUGAUCAAGAUCUGAACUACUGCACCCACCACAAACCAUGCAAAAAUGGAGCCACUUGUCUGAACACUGGCCAGGGCAGUUAUACAUGUUCAUGCAAACCUGGUUUCACUGGUGUUGACUGUGAGCAUGAAAUCAGCGAGUGUGACAGCAAUCCCUGUAGGAAUGGUGGUAGUUGCACGGAUAUGGAGAACAGUUAUCACUGUCUAUGCCCCCCUGGAUAUUAUGGUGUUCACUGUGAGCACAGUGCCUUGACUUGUGUUGACUCUCCUUGUUUUAAUGGUGGCACAUGCUUGGAAAAGGACCAAGGGGCCAGCUACACUUGCCGUUGCCCUCUCGGCUUUACAGGAUCUAACUGUGAAAAGAAAGUGGAUAGGUGCACAAGCAACCCUUGUGCAAAUGGUGGUCUUUGCUUUGAUUUGGGUCAGCUCCGUGUGUGUCGCUGCCGUGCUGGUUUCUCUGGUCAGAAGUGUGAAAUAAACAUCAAUGAGUGUGCCAGGAACCCAUGUUCCAAUGGAGGCUCUUGUCAUGACCUGAUCAAUGACUAUACAUGCACCUGCUUGCCAGGCUACACUGGCAGGAACUGUGACAUUAAAACUAGAGAUGAAUGUGCCUCUGGGCCAUGCCAGAAUGGUGCCACAUGCUAUGGCGGACUCUCUAAUGCUAACUUUGUUUGCAGCUGUCCUUAUGGCUUCAUGGGCAGCCGUUGUGAGUUCCCAGUUUAUACAGUGCCCGUUCCAUAUCCACCUAAACCUAUUCCUUGGAUAGCUAUAUCCAUGGGUGUGGGACUCGUGGCUUUGCUUGUAUUAUUCUGCAUGAUAGCAAUGGUCAUCAGACAGAUGCGGAGACACCCAGAGCAGGACUUGGAGACUAUGAACAAUCUGUCUGAUUUCCAGAAGGACAACCUUAUUCCAGCUUCCCAGCUCAAAAACACCAACAAAAAUAAAGAUCUAGAGGUGGACUGUGGGCUGGAAAAAUCAAACUACAAACUUAAGAACCAUACACUGGACUAUAACCUGGUAAAGGAUCUGACAAGCAGAGGAACACAGGAAGAUAAAUAUUAUAAAAGUGAAAAGUGUUUAGGAGAGAAGACUCCCCUCCGAUUAUACAGUGAAAAGCCAGAAUGUAGGAUAUCAACCAUAUGUUCUCCAAGGGAUUCUAUGUACCAGUCUGUGUUUGUGAUAACAGAGGAGCGGAAUGAGUGUGUCAUAGCCACAGAGGUAUAAGACUGAAGAGUCAGUUUGUCUACACCUCAGAUUUGGUGAUGCUAGAAGAUGGACAUUUCUGUUGCAUUGUUUACAAUUCAGAACUGGAUUGGACUUUUUUUAAUUAUAUGCAACUUGCUGCUCUCAGGAGGAGGAUGGAACUGGGUGAACUGGACAGACUGUGAAUUUACUGAAAGAUGCAAUACACCUUUUUGUUUGUAGUGUCCUUGUUUGACAUUUGAUACAAGGAAUUUAACUGGCUGUAAAAGAGGGAGGGGGCAGAGGAGAGAAGGAUGAAAAAUGUUUUGACUGGCUUUAAAUAUUGAGGCCAGUUCCUCAUGGACAGACUUGUUGCUUUCCAAAUUCUAACUCUGGGAGAUUCCAGGUGGAGCAGAAGGCACUUGACUAUCACUUACACGUGCAGAUGUUGCCAUUGGAAACAUGCACGAAGAAAAAUAUGCAUUGCUAUGUGGAUAUUGGAUACAGAACAAAUCAGAUUUCCAUUCUUUUGUAGGUUUAAAAGUGCCUAAAGCAUGUCAUAGAAUCUAAGGAGCCCAAUCAGAGACUUGCUGCCUUCAUUUGCAGUACCUGACCAGUAUUGGGCAGGGGUGAUUGACACAUCCUGCUGCUCAUUUAUUUACAUCUUCUUUUCUCCAGCUGCAUUUAUUAUUUUCAAUUUUGAGGGUUUAAGAAAGGAAGGGAAGAGGAAUACUGAAUUUUUACAAUUUCUCUCAUUUUGAUGUUGCCUUGGAGAACUUCUCAUCUAAGCAAUAAUUUGGGACAUAGUCUCAUCCCUGAAAUGAUAGAGGACUCUCCCAAGUUAAACUGCUGAGAAAGGGGUGGUGUAAGGAAUGCUUGUUGCCGCUUUCCUCUCAGUAUGAGGAAAGCCACAAUACCAGCCCUAACUGAAAGCCUUACAAAUGCGUUAAAAAUCAAUCAUCUACUAGAACUUACACUGCUGAGCUGUCUCAGCUGUUUUCAUGCCCUUUGCACUACCAGUAAUUGUGAAUAGAAGUGAAACUUUUCUUCUGACACACAACUUUGUUUUGUUUUGGCAAGAACUUAGGCUUGUGUGUUGUGUUUCUGAAUCAGGUGCCGUCAACUGCAAAUAGGCUCAAAGUCCUAGCUGUCACUUUUUCAAAGAAGUGGGAGGGGUUUAUUUCUGUAUCUUUUACUUCCCUACUGUAGAAAUCCCCCUCACAUACACAGUCCUUUCACCCCUGUUCCAAAUGCCUAACAGAGAAGCAGCCAAUGAGAGGCCCUCUUCAAGGACAGACUUCAAGGAUAGGAUUUGAAGGCUCUAAGCUUGUCCUCUUUGUUUCAUUGCCACUCACAACACCAGGGAAAUGGAGAAGCUACUCCUUGAAUGCAGAGGCACAGUUCUGAACGGGUAGGUUCAGUGCACAUAGACUAUCUUAUAUAUAUACACAUUUACAGCAAUAAUAGCUGACAGGAAAGUGCUGUGCCAUACUGUAGUAAUAAGAUGAAACUGCAAGGUGGGGAGGAAUGAAGAGGGAGGAAACAGGAUCUCAUUCAAGGAAACCUGGGACUAUGCUAUCUAUCUACUACCGUUCCUGACCUUGUAAAUCCUAGUAUUGGACUAGACCAUCUGCUGCCUUGAACUGUGCAGGCAAGGUCCUGUCAUAAUGUCCACUACUGACCUUCUGCUCUGACCACACAUCAUUUUGAAGAUGACCUUCAGAAAUCAAUAAUAUGGAUUUUAGUUUGUCUGUGGUUUAUUUUGAAGUCUAGUAUUUCAGUAAUUUAAAAAAUCAGAAGCACUGAACUUUCUACAUUUUAUAACAUUAUUUUGUAUAUAAUGUAUAUUUAUAAUCAAACCAGAAGUGUAAAUAUGUUUAUUACUUCUCAUGUAAUGUUUUUAAUGUGAUAAAGUUUGAAUUUUAUUUUUUUUUCAAACAAUGAAAAUACCUUCCUACUACUAUGAAGCUUACAUGGUUUGUCUUCUUACCACUCAGGUUUCAUAAUCCUGUGAUAUACAGAGU